AUCGUCAUCAUCAUUAUCAUCGUCGCUAUCACAGUGUGAUUCUGUACCUGUAUCUCUAUCUCUAUCUGUAUCUGUAUCUGCAUCUUUAUAUAUGCAACUGUAACUGACUUUUUUGGUGUCCCAAGUGUCUUUCGUAUCGUGUGGAUUGAGUUUCGUUUUAUUUUUGUCUCCUUCUCCGUGUGUGUGUCUCUGUGUGCCCAAAAAGUGUGCCCAAGUGUAUUUUUUUGUUGUUUCAACCAAUUACCGUUACACACUCCUCUAUAUAAGUGAGAGAAAGAGCAAAAGAGAGCGAGAGAGAGAGAGAGCGGUGCAUUUUUACCUUGCAGUGAAAUCUAGACGCAGCGCCCACAUUGCCAAUAUGUGGAGUCCACAAAAAGGUCCUACACGUCUGUGGGACAUUAGAUUUAGUAGCUGUAUAUUUAUUUUACAUUUAACGUUUAGUUUAGUCAUAGCUGGUAAUGAAUUGUGGCCCAUGGAUCGGCCAGAUGGUAUGCCAAACAUAGUUUCAUUGGAGGUAAUGUGCGGUAAGGAUCACAUGGACGUACAUUUGACAUUCUCUCAUCCAUUCGAGGGCAUUGUGAGCUCCAAAGGACAACACAGCGAUCCGCGAUGCGUUUAUGUGCCUCCCUCGACGGGCAAGACAUUCUUCUCGUUUCGCAUCUCGUAUUCACGUUGCGGCACUAAACCGGAUCUCAAUGGCCAAUUCUAUGAGAAUACGGUAGUCGUGCAGUAUGACAAGGAUCUCUUGGAGGUCUGGGAUGAGGCGAAACGUUUGCGCUGCGAAUGGUUCAACGACUAUGAGAAGACUGCCUCCAAGCCGCCGAUGGUAAUUGCCGAUUUGGAUGUAAUACAACUUGAUUUUCGCGGCGAUAAUGUUGAUUGUUGGAUGGAGAUUCAACAUGGCAAGGGACCCUGGGCGCCACCAGUGAGCGGCAUUGUGCCACUUGGCUCUACCUUAACCCUUGUGGUGGCCAUCAAUGAUUAUCGCGGUGAAUUUGAUAUGCGUGUCAAAUCGUGUGUGGCCUCCGACGGUUCGGGUCAUGUCAUCAAUCUUUCGGACGAAUUUGGUUGUGUGCUGCGUCCCAAGAUGAUUUCACGCUUCCUUAAGGCACGUGCUCCCGAUGAGAGAGCCACGGUUAUAACAUAUGCCUUCUUCCAUGCCUUCAAAUUCCCAGAUGCCCUGAGUGUGCACAUCAAAUGUAAGGUGGAGAUAUGCCGUCAUGGUUGCUUGGACCAUUGCCAGAAUACGGGUGCUGGACCUGGUGCUAGCGAUGUCCUGGGUCUCGGCCUGGGUCUGGGUCAGGGUAAUGCCCAUGAACGAAAGGAUGUCCAUAUUGGCGAUGCCAUGGGCAGUAGUAGCAGCAAUGAUCUGAUGCACGAUCUGCCAAUGCAGCCGCCAGCAUCGGGCACUGGCCAACAUGGCAUGAACUUGGGUUUGGAUCACGAUAUCUUCUAUGAGGACAUAAUACACGAUCACAAGCAGACGAUUAUGGGUGGUGGUGGCCACGAGAAGAGCAGUGGAAAUCUACAGCCACGGCCUGUCCACGAAGAUCCCGAGGAGGUCGAUCUAUCCGAUUUGUUUGGCGACGAUGAUCUCUCCGAUAUGGAAGGCGGCGAUGGUGGUGAACGGUAUUUGGGUCUCAAGAAGAGUGGCAAAUUCCCGCACGGCCCACGCCAAUUGGAGGCGCAAAAACGUAUUGGUGUUCCAAUGGCUGGACCACGUUCCCUUGAACCCAAACCAUCCGAUUUUGAGGAGGAUCAACUUGAAGAUGAUGUACCGCGACCGGUGUAUCGGCCACAAGCAGAGGCGUUAAAACAACCACGCGAAGAUCACAUCGAUUUGGAUAACGAUACGGAUGAACUAAAGUCAAAUAGUAGCAGUAGUUCAUCAUCAUCCGGAUCGGCAUCCAAUUCGGAGGUGCCGCGACCAAGACGCCGUCGUUCUCUGGUCAUUGCCGAUCGCAAAGUGCGCAGUGCGGAUGUCGGGGUCAGUGGACUGUACGAUGUCAUUUCGGAAGCUGAUUUGGCCUUCUCGCCGGACUCGAAGCAGGAGGCGGUAACCGUGUUCCAAGGCAAAAUUAGCGAGGAGGUUGUCUAUGGCAUUUGCAUGCCAGUGCCAGGAUUUAGUAUACUCUUCAUUGUGGUCAUAUCGGCGACAAUUGUUUCGGCUCUAAUUGCCGGCUCUCUGCUCUAUCGCUAUCAAUUGCAAAAGGAGGCAUUGGAGAAGCAGACACCUAUGCCGGUGCCAGGUACCUUGGCUUCUUGGAUGACAUUGCGUCUCUUCCGGCUGCGUCACAUGCAACAACAACAACAACAACAGCAACAACAACGACCGCAACAACAGACUGCCAGUGUUGGACAUGAGACAGUACAGUGAAUUCCAUUAACACUAUGGGAUCGAUCAUAUUAUGCUUUCUGCUCACAUUCCAUCUUUGUUUUUUUUUUUUAUGAUUGCCUUCUUUUACUUUCUUUUUGGAGCAACAACCGACUGAGUAAUUCGUUCAUCUAAAUAACCGAAAUUCUAACGAAAUUCAUUCUAUCUAUCUCUAUUGCACGGGGCGUACUCGUUAGUUUUUUUUUUUUUUUAUUAAUUAGUUAAGCUUAGCUUCUCGUCAGCUUCUUUCGGGCCACAUUGCAAUACACGAAGAACGCUUUUUGUCCCCCGAUCAACCGGUCCAUGCUAAGAUAUUUAUUUAUUUAUUUUUUGUUUUAAUCCAUUUGAUUCGCGAUUCGUCACAAUUUGAGUAGUGGUGCUGAAGUGAAGUAUAUAUAUAUAUA